AUGGAGGGCAGCCCUCGCUUCCGGCAACAGUUUGCUCGCGAUUUGCGGCGCCACCACCGGGGCUAUCGCGAUAUCGUCGUCCCCAAAGGCCCCGUCGAGGAGGCUGUGGAAGAGGAUCCUAGCGAUGCCGAUGCAUCAGCGAUCCCGAAUUUGCAGGUUACCGAUACCGAAUUGAACGCUCUGCAGUCCCGAUUUCUUGAUGUUCGCAGGACCCCCAUCGACGAAUUCAACCGUUCCCAGCCGCUGCUAACGCUUGCAUUCCCUACCCUCUACCCUGACGGCAAGGCCGACUUCGUGGAGCCUCGUUUACGGAGCAUCACGUUCCAGGACUACCUUGCCCAUGCGAUGAGAUGGCAUGACGGACGUUUCGCCCGCCAUAAGACGUGGCCUUUCGUCGCCCUCAACACGCUGUUACAGGAAGCAAUGGCUGAGCCUGACGAGCCGGAGGCUCAGGUCCUGAUCCAGUCGAUCACGCGCCAAGCCGCAGAGUUGGAAGCAUAUGCCUAUAAUCUAGGCAAGCCCGGCCUUUUCGCUACUGCAAGUGCAGCCGAUUACCACUGGGAAUCCCUAUACCGCCAUAUGCCUCGAUUUGACGAGUGGCAAACAGCUCCUGAGGCGGCGCGGAUGGCUAUUGUCUUGAAGCAGAAGUUCAACCUAACGGACUCUUGGGGCCGCUACGAGUGGGGCGAGCGGAACGAUGGCCAGAUUAACCACUACAACCGCUUGCUUACCGUUGCGUGGCUAGCCAAUACAGAUGUUUCGCCUUGCACGAGUCUACAGCAGGUAAUCGAUUACGCGGCCAAAUACUGCUCCAAGUCGGAAAAGAAGAGCGAGUCUUUUGCCCAGAUUGGGAAGGCCCUGAUGCCCCGGGUCAAGGACCACAACCCCUUGAUUUCCUUCACGUCAAAGCUCCUCAAUCAGCUGGUUGCGGAGCGGGAUUACUCGAAGCAGGAGGUCAGCCACUUGCUCCUCGGCCUGCCGUUACAGGAAGGGCAUUCCCGCUCCCUCCGUAUUGACGGCGAUGAGGUGGACGAGGCCCCCAACGUUUACGAAAAGUACACUCAACGCCCGGAAGCCCUAGCGGACCUAAGCUACGUCUCCUUCCUGAAAUGCUGGAAUUUCCGCCCUAGGGACCCUUCCAAGUGGAAGCAAUGGCAGCCAGGCAACAUUAACGGCAGGCCUCGAGUGCUGGUUUACUUUCCUCGCUAUCAGGCUGAUCCAGAAGGUCAACAGUGGUCAGAUUACUGUCGUGCCUUCUCCUAUUGUUGGCAGCAUCACAGUCAUGGUGAUGACCAUUACAGUCGGCCAAAAGAGGCUCGAUUACAGCCUCAAGAUGAUCAAUACGAGGCUCUGCCUGUGGAGGAAGAAUUUGAUGACGAAGACUGGAUUCGCCUCGCCGCCCUUUACCUGACAACUCCCUUACCCAGCAAGAUCUUGACCUACCUGGCCGCCGCGAUAUCGACAUCAAUUACGAGUAGACACAGCAUGUGCCACCCCAUGGCCAACGAUGUGGAGGUCCUUGGCCCUCACUGGCGUAAUACGCUGAAUACGCAACAACGGCUCGUGUACGACACAUUCAUGGGCCACUUCCAGGCGCAAAAUCCUGCUCAAAUCCUUCUCCACGUUGAUGGUGGUGGUGGCACAGCCGCCCUACCGAAUCCUAGCCCUAUAUGCCGCGUGGCGCCAACAGGCGUUGCGAGUAACCAGAUACAGGGCAGCACCAUUCAUUCGUUGCUGCGCCUCCCAGUAGGCGGUACUUUCACCGACCUUCCCCCGGCCGACGCAGCCGCCCUUCAGUCCCGCCUACGGCACAUCAAAUACCUCGUUAUCGAUGAAAAGAGCAUGCUAGGGCUUGAGCAGCUCGCGCGGAUCGAUUCCCGUUUGCGACAAGCCUUUCCACAGCGUAACCUCGAGUUCUUUGGUGGUUUAUCUAUACCAUCCUGGAACCUCCUUAGCAAUCGGGUACAGGCACGGGUCAACCAAUACAACCACGAGCAUAUGGUGCAUCUCAACGCCCCGGCAAUACAAGUGGAGGCAAAGAAUCACGGCAACGGCGCUGGGCAGGCACCAAGCAACAAUGCUGGCAAUCUAUCUAACAAGUUCCCUGUUGCUAAGGGCACCAGGGUGAUGCUCACGACUAAUCUGUGGCAAUCAGCUGGCCUAGUUAACGGUGCUCAGGGAAAAUCUCACCCCAUCCUGCCAGUCAGGCGGGACUUCCUUGUGGGCAACGAGACCUGCGCUCGCACGCAGUUUCCCCUAAUCGUGGCGUUUGCUAUUACUGUUCACAAAUGCCAGAGCCUAACAAAGGAUAAAAUAGUUACUGAUCUCGCUACACGCGACUUCCAGGCCGGUAUUAGCUAUGUUGCCGUCUCACGGGUUACCUCGCUCCAAGGCUUACUCCUUGAGGCGCCGUUCGAUCGUCAGAGCCUCUAUAACCACACGCCGACGGAAGGGAUGAAGAUGCGCCUCGCUGACCAACAACGGCGUCAGGGUCAACAGCUGAGCGAUCCACUGUAUCCACCACUCUACCGUGACUAA